AUGCUAAUAUGGUCACCAUUAUGUCCGUUGUAUGCUGAAGAAGAUGAGACAUUUACUCAUUUAAAAUACUCAACGACUAGAAUCAAUUCAGAUGUUCUACGACUUCGUAAAUCGAAGUUAGCCAAGGCAUUUUUUCCAAAUAAUGAUUUUAUUAAUAAUACAACCACUAAUAAUAAUAAUAAUACUGAGAUGGAAUCUCUUCGUAAAUUACUAUCAGAUAAAACGAAUGGAAUUUCUAUUUCAAUAGACUCAUUAACUUCUUCUUCGUCAUCAUCAGCGCCGUCGUCGUCGUCCUCCUCCUCCUCAUCAUCAUCAUCAUCCGCCUCCUCCACAUCCUCUUCGUCAUCUUCAUCUCUAUCAACUUCAGAGGAGGAGAUGACAUCCGCCUCUACAAAUCAUCAUAUUGAUGAGUGUGAUAAUGUUAAAAAUGCUAAGAAUGAAAAACAGAUAGCGCAUGAAUUUAUAAAUACUAGUACAGAGGAGUAUUCUGUUGAUAUGGGUUCUCCAUCAUCAUCCUCGUCUGCUGGUGUUACUGCGGCUGCUGCUGUUUAUACUCUGAGUAAAUCUCGUAAAAGACGACAUCCAACUACGGAUGUAAUAUUCAAUGAUGAUAUAGAAGCCGGUGAUAAUAAUAUUGCUCACCAUGUUACUAAUAAUCAUAAUAAUGCUGAUUAUUGUACUGAACAAAAUGAUGAUAUGCUACAGGUUGAGAAUAAUAAUAAUAGUAAUAAUAAUACAAUAAAACAAGAGAUGAAUGGUAUCUCAUCGGAGAUAAUAAAUCCUCAAGAAUUUCCUCCGCUUAGUAAACAACCGAAACGAUCGUCUCCAUCAUCAUCGCAAGUGUUGCCAACAUGUUCAACUUCAAAUACAAUUCAUAAUAAUAAUAAUAAUAAUAGUGUUGAACAAGUCUCUAAAAUUCACGAAAAUGAUGAUAAGACUAUCAAGGAGAUGCCUAAGAAAACUGUAGGAUAUCAAGAUAAUAAUAAUAAUAAAAAUGGUGAAUCACAGUCGUCGACCAGUGAUGGAAUUCAACCAAGGAUACCACAAUACUUGUUACCCUUUAAUCAAAUCGACUUACAAUUGCGUGUUGGUCAGAAUUGGGUUAAUCGAACCUGUGAACGUAGUCAAUUAGAAUGUUUAGAUGAUAGAAGUUUCCGUAUUCUAACAGCAAUUGAAUCAGUUGCUGAAUUACGUCCAAUAGGCGUAAACAAUACGGACGAUGAUGAUGAUGAUGAUGACAGUGAUUCAGAUACAGAUUCAAGCAGUAACAACAGCAGUUCUAGUGAUUCAAACUAUAAUAACACCGCCGCCGCCACCACCAACAACAACAACAGCAACCGCGCCAACGAUGAUGAUGACGAUGGCGACAACAAUAAUCACGUUAAUGAUAAUUCUUGCAAUGCUUUUGAAUUUAUUCAAUCUGCUGUAGUUAUGCUUGAUGAUCAUUUUAAUCUUCCAGUGAACAGACGAGGGACGACGACGACGACAAGGAGAAGGAGGAGCAGAAGAAGAAGAACACGAAGAAGAAAUUACGAUGAUGAUGAUAAUAAUAAUACUAACAAUAAUAAUAGUAAUAUAGAACAAAGUGAAGAAACAUUAGCUACUAGAGAUCGUGAAGAAGGCUCAGGUGAACAUAGUUCAUCAGAUGGUGAUGAUGACAAUAAUAAUAAUAGUAAUAGUAAUAAUAUUGCAUCAAGAAUAUCCAGCUUUUUAGCUAAUGAAUUUAAUUGCUCCUCAGAUUCAGAGAGUACCUUCUCGUCAUCAUCCUCAUCGUCGUCAAGCCCGUCAACAUCAAAUCGUUCAUCACUAUCCAGUAGUAUGCUUACUGGUGUAUCACUUUUAAGGCGAAAAUUCUCAUAA